AUGUCUGCUAGUGCUGGUGAUUCCAAUCGCCGGGGCGCUAUUGCAGCUUCUUCAGACUCAAUGUUAAGUACUAAAACUGAACCAAUACUUUACUUUACGGAAAUGCAAUCCCAAUCAAACGUUUCAUUUUCCGGCGUUAUCAACAGUGCUAGUGCUAGUGACAAUCAAGAGUGCGGCGGUGUUUCUUCAAUGCUUCUCACGGGGGAGCCUCCCUGGUGUCCUCCUUGCCCUGAAAAUUCUAUUCAAUCUGUUAACCGCAGCAAUGCUGUCAUGCGCUAUAAGGAAAAGAAAAAGAAUCGGAAGUUUGAUAAGAAAGUAAGGUAUGCUUCUCGGAAGGCUAGAGCCGAUGUCAGAAAACGUGUGAAGGGCCGGUUUGUUAAAGCUGGUGAAACAUUCGACUAUGAUCCUUUAAGCGAAACCAGGAGCUGUUAA